UGGGAUGCAAUCAGAAAGCCUCUUCACAAAAAGUAGUUGGCAGUUUAGCUGUGAAUCAGUCAACAUUUUGAGUGUGCCACGUAAAGAUGAAUAUAUUUUUGAACGGAAUUUUACUGAUGCUGCUGCUGGCGGUGUUCAACGUGCCGCAAACUGAGGCAAAUGUCAGCAUACGCGGGUACUGGAAUGAGGCACAUCUCGACAAGUGCUACGUCAAUGCAAAUCUCAUCAUGAAUCGGGGAGACACGGCCAAAUAUCCCGAUUUGGAUUGCGCACGCAUUAUCUGUCAAUAUAACAGCAUGGCUGAAAUUCAUACCUGCAAUGACAUAUUCGUACCCCCUGGCUGUAAAUAUGUUGCACGAAAUUCCCCUGAUACCGACUUUCCCAAAUGCUGUGAACGUGACGUAAUCUGUCCCAACGAUGAAGAGAAAUAUGAAUGGAACAUGUUUUUCUAGCGAUUGUGCACAGAAACAUGAAUGGAACAUCUUAAAAUAAAACUGUCUAAGCACAAAAUAUCAUCACACUGAAAUGCAUCUCUAUAUAUAUAUUCGACAUAUGUUUCUCAAUCAAAGUUUAAGAAACACAAAACUCAAUGAUUGUUCUACAACUAAUCAGGUCAUCUAAUCAGAACCGAAACCUCCACAUUAUGGAAAUUCACAAUUGGUGUAGAAAUUCAAAAAUCAGUUACAGAAAGCGAUAUUAUUAAUCCAUAAUACAUGCAUAAUGUUAUAAGACUUACUGGAAUCUAAAUAUAUAAAUAUUUGAUUAGCCUACUCUAAAAAAUGAACGCCUGAUAAUUAUAGCAAACAUUUAAUAUUU